GUCGAGCCCCAUUCCAAGAGAAACAACUCAUCUCGAGCCAGUUGUGCGUUGUUUGUUAACACGGCGAGUCGUCGAUAUUAUAGUUCAUUAUUGUUAGUACAUGCAGCGGCACCAUGCACGAUACUAUAUUAAAUCAGCUGGAGCGCGACGGGUUCGCGGUGGUGGAGGAGUUCCUGCGGGAGGCCGAGUGCGCGGAGCUGGUCGCCGCCGGCCUGGAGCUCACGCGCCACCUGCCCGACGCGCCGCCCACGGUCUUCAGCACCGUUGACCACCAGCAAAUAAAGGACAAGUACUUUAUGGAAAGCAACGAUAAAAUCAGCUAUUUCUACGAGAAAGAUGCGGUCGAUGCCGACGGAAAGCUUCAAGUUGACCCAAGCAUUUCACUAAAUAAGGUGGGGCACGCUCUGCACCUGCUGCACCCCAUCUUCAGGUGCUACACGUACAGCGAGCGCGUGAAGGCGCUGUGCCGCGCGCUGCGGCUGGUCGAGCCGGCCGUCGUGCAAAGCAUGUACAUCUACAAGAACCCGGGAGUCGGAGGCGAGGUGGUUCCGCAUCAAGAUAUAUCAUAUUUAUACACAGAGCCAAUUCCACCAAUAGGGUUUUGGAUAGCUCUAGAAGACGCAACGAUUCAAAACGGUUGCCUUUGGAUGGCUCGCGGGUCCCACAAGUCGGGUGUCCACAGACGGAUGAUCCGCAGUCCUGAAGAUAGAAACAAGUGUAUAUACGACAAGCCCGCGCCCGUCUACCCCGACUCGAGCUUCACCCCCGUCCCAGUCAGUAAAGGGACGUGCAUAUUGAUCCAUGGGAACGUGGUACACCGCAGCGCGCCGAAUCGCAGCGCGGCGAGUCGGCCCGCCUACACCUUCCACGUGGUUGAGAGGAAGGGCAACAACUACUCCGAGGACAACUGGCUUCAAGAAGGAGAGAAUGCCCCCUUUUUAAAUAUUUACACGACAUCUCAGAUGCUAUAAUGUUAUAGGUAUUACUAUGACCGUGAAGACGAAAGGGAACGACGUCACGUGAUCGCAUUUCCAUACCAAUUUAGUACCCAGUUUUAUCUCUGGACAAUUGCACAUUCACGGUAUAGAGAAUAUGUAAAAAUAUGGAUGCAUACGAGUACUAACCCUUUCAUUUGAAUUUUGUUUGAAUUUAACGUAAAUAAAAGAUAUUUCCACGCUCAGAAAAAAACUUAUAUUUGGACACUCUCAAGGGAUUCAAAAUUGAUAGCUAGGGUACUUCCCGUUGACCUAGAACUACGAAAUUUGGCAAGUAAUAUUAUCUUACACUACAAAUAGAGUCACACACAACACAUCUUUUUCGCUAUCUGGCUUAAAUAGCGCUUUAGCUAAUAAUGUAAAAUAUGGAAGAUAUUUCGAUAAGUUGAAAUUACCCCGCAUUCGAUAUUGUCCCCCCUGCACCUUACAGGGAAAAAUCUGAAAAGUGAAAUUUGUAAACAAAAAUUGUGUAAUUUUCUACGGAACCCUCGGUGGGCGAGUCUGACUCGCACCUGGAUUAACCAAUAAGUAAUUAAGAAAAAGCCAAACGAAGGAGCAUAGUUUUAUCGUAUAUUAACCAAUACAAUAAAUGUAGGUAUAUUUUCCAUAAUGUCAAUAUCCCAGGAGGAAAACGGGGACUACGUUUGUAUGGAGAAGCGGUGGUCCAUUAUCCUGUUAAAGACACAUACUUAUUAUUUAGGUGAAUCAACUUUUGUCACUCGUUGCCCCUUGUACCAAAACUUUAUAAUUAUUACGUCGAAUAAUAAAGAAUACAUGGUGAUGUCAUUGUGAUAAUAUCGAUAAUAAACAUCUAAUAACAAAA